UCGAGAAAAACUGGAGAAAAAAAGGCGUAAUUUGCAAGAAACGCUGGGGGGAAACAAAAAAGAUGACCUCCAGGCUUUGGUGUCGUCCGACAAGCCGAGCGUGAGGAAGAGGCAGACUGCGAUGAAGGACACUGAAGACAGCGAGGAAGACUCGGGAGAGACUCUGAAACGCACACUGAGGGCUCAGAGACAGAGAAGAAGGAGAAAACUGCUUGAGCAGUCUUCAGUCAAGGAGUCUCAACAUGAUGAUGAAGAUGAAGAGGAGGUUUCUGCUGUUCAGGACCAAAGUGUAAAAGAGGAACCAGCUGAGAAGACGGUGGCUUUGAGGCCUCCAUCUGGUUCUCGCAGAGGCUACUCCUUAAAACCUCUGCCUGUCUCCAGCUCUCAAAAGUUAGACACUUUUGUGACACGACACUUGGAGGAGAAGCUCAGAGCAGCAAGGUUUAAGGGGGAGAGUCUUCAGCAGGAAAAGGAGGUCUCUGCAGAUCCAGCCAGCCGCCUCCAGAGCCUCAGAGGCAGAGACAGGGUAACACGCUUUGACAGAGAGACUGAUUCUGUCAAAGCAGAAGAAGAUGAUGUUUCUGUGGCUUUGAGCGCAAGGGUGAAGUUCAAAGAGGCUGCAAAACGAGUAAACCAAGGCCUCCCAACUGCGAACGAGGCUUAUAAUUUCUUUACGUUUAACUUUGAGCCUGAACCAGCAGAAGAGACGGAGGAACUUAGACGGAAAAAACGUAAACAAAAAGAAACGACUGAGAAGGACAGAGAUGAGGAUGAAGGAGAAGAACCGGAGGAAGAUGAUAAAGAAGAUAGUCAGGAUCCCAAUGAGAACCAGAGUGAAGAGACUCGUCUGGUUCCAACCGAAGAGGAUUUAUUCAUCAUCGAUCAAUCGGCGCGGGAUUUCCUGGAGGUGAAGAAGGCGGAAUAUGUUGGGGUUAAAAAGCGAGCUGCGCGUGACAGCGAGCUCCUGUUUACACCGAGCUUCCGGAAAGCUCCAACUUCUGUGAAGCUUCCUGAAAACGUAAAGCCCCGCUUUAUUGAAGAUGAGGGUCUCUAUGUGGGGAAGAGGCCCUCUGUGUCCUUCACCAAUGAGACCAUACUUGAGAAUCGUCUGUUGAAAAUGGAAGAGGGGCUGGAGUGGUUUGGUGACGACGGCAGGAUUUUGGCUCUGCCUGACCCCAUAAAGGAAUCAUCCACAAGACCUCCUCUCUUCAGCAUGGAGGGGGACCUGAAUCCUGCCAUACAGACGGUGUUUAGGAAGGCGCAGAAGUCCAAGUAUGCUGCAGACCCUGAGGGAGAUUACCAGCUCGACGUGGAAGUCUUUGGCUUGGUUUUCUCCCAUCACCCACUCUUCAGCCGAGAACAUGUCCUAGCAUCCCGACUGUGUCAGCUGUAUCACCAGUACCUCACUAGGCAGCAGAAUAAUCUCACCGGGCAUCUCACUGACAAGUUGAAUGGUUUAAGGAAUGCCCUUGGGAAUAUGAUGAAGAUCCACAGAGAGGAAAGCCUCACCCUGAGUCUGCAGCAGAGAAUAUCCGAGUACAGUCUGGAAGUCAGGGACACCCGGCAGCUGCGAGACUCGGAGCAAGAAAAGGACAGGACUUUGCUGAAGAACAUCAUCAAAGUGUGGAAGGAGAUCAAGGCCUUGAGAGAGUUUCAGAAGUUCACCAACACGCCUUAUAAACUCCUCCUCAGAAAAGAGAAUGUGGAUCCAGCAUCAGAUCAGCAAGAGUACGAAGAGGAGAUCCAAGCAGAAGUUAUGGAACUGGAGGCAGAGAAGGAGGAGGACUAUCAGAGAAGCCUGGCAGAGUACAGAAAACAGCUGGAGGAGUGGAAGCUCUGGAGGAAGAAGCAGAAAGCAAAAAGAAAAAAGAAGAAAAAAAAGAAGAAAAGCCAGAAACUGGAGGACACCACGGAAGACGAGGAUGAAGAGCAGGAAGGGAGUGAACUGGAGGGGCCUGAAGACGGCCCCCCUAAACCACAGCCUCCAGAAAGACCAGACUUUGACGCAAUCGAGCAGCAAGUGAAAGAAAAAGCAUCAAAGAUCCGCAGGAAACCAGGAGAGGCCGUCCUGAUCCCCGUGCUGUCUGCAUCCGGAAACAUCACCGACAGUGAACUCUGCCCCAGGGUUGAAGUCUCUCGGAGACAGGAAGUUCUCAGACACUCUCUCUUCAUCAAGAUCCUGUGCAACGACAAGAAAGUUUCCAAAACAGACAGCCGUCCGCUGGGCACCGACUUCAGGGUGCACUUUGGACAAAUCUUCAACCUGAGGAUAAUUACCUGUCCACAGAGCAUUAACUUACAGGUCUUUGAGGACACCGGAUCUUCCUCUUCCCUCCUGGCUCAGGUCUUCGUCCCGGCGCCGGAACCCUCAGUGGUGACGGGCAGCGCUUCAUUGGAGGACUUUGAGUUCAGCAGCAACCAGAGGGUGAUGUUUGACCACGAGGGGGUCGGAAGUGACGUCCCGCUCUCCUUCGAGGCCGACGGCAGCAACAAAGUGGUCCUGUUGACCUCUGGGAAGCUGACGUGCGGCGUGUCGUGGGGGGUCGGGGAUGACGACGUGCCGCUCGCCCCCUCUGCUUCACAGCACCCUGGCGUGAAGCACAGCGGCUUGGGUCACCUGGACGCUGUCACGAGCAUCGGAGCCUCUGGACUGUACGACAUGAAAAAAAUAGGAGAGUGGGCCAAACAGUCCCGGCUGGACCCAAACGACCCAAAAAAUGCCUCCAUCAUGCAGCUUCUGAAAGUGGCCAGCAGUGGAGAGGUUACGGCUCCAGAGUACUUCCGCCUGGAACAUCUACAGGAGGAGUUUAAUUUUGUGACUGACGAAGAGCUGGACAACUCCAGAAGGUUCCGCCUGCUCCGGCUGAGGAACCAGGGGGUCAAAGAGUUUCGUAACUACAAGUUUAUUCCUGCACUCGAGAAUGAGAUCUCAGACAAGGUUUUCCAGGAAUACGAAAGAAGAUUAAAAGAUGGAGAGACAGUCGACACUCGAGAACACUUGGAUUCACAUCGAGCUUUGGUGGCCAAAUACCUGCAGAAGAUCCAAGAGUCCGUCAUGAAUCGGUUGCUUUUUGCCAAACAUCGAUUCCUCCUCUCGGAUUUAGUGGUUGAAGAGGAGAUACCGAGCAUCGGAAAUAAAGUUCCAGUUCUACUUAAGGCAGAGAAGUUAGAUAGCCUUGAACAUCCACGUCAGAACGUCAGGGAGAGAGACAGGGCCGACGUGAAUCACAUGCUGAAGAUUCUAGGAAUCAACCUGUUCAAGCUGACCGAACCCAAGAGGCCACUGAAGCCUCAACGGAAGGAAAGGAAGAAGGUGACGGCGCAGAAUCUGUCCGACGGGGACGUCAAACUGCUCGUCAACAUCAUCCGAGCCUACGACAUCCCCGUCCGCAGACCCCAGAGCGACAAAGCUGGUCAGUCCUCUCAGCCGGCCAUCCACGGCAGCGACUGGUACCUCAACCAGGUUCAGGUCAGGCCAUUCGUGGAGGUUUCCUUCCAGCGCACAGUUCUGCAGACAACCACAGCCGACGGACCCAACCCCAGCUGGAAUGAGGAGCUGCAGCUUCCGUUCAGUGCUCCAAACGGGGACUACAGCACAUCCAACUUGCAGUCGGUCAAAGACGAGGUCUUCAUCAACAUAUUUGAUGAAAUGCUGCAUGAAACUGGGGUGAACGACAAAGAGAGGGGCCCGUCGAUUCACACUCAGGUGGAGAAGCACUGGCUGGGCUCCGUCAGGAUUCCCUUCAGCACUAUUUACUCUCAGUCCAGGAUUGAUGGAACGUUUAAGGUGAACACCCCAGCUGUGCUGCUGGGUUACAGCAAGGAGCGCAGCCACGGCGCCAACAGCGGCUACGAUCUGCUGCGAAGUGUGAGCGAAGGAGCGUUCAUCACACUCUUCAUCACCAUCGAGCCUCAGCUGGUGCCUGGAGAGCCCGUUAGGGAGAAGAUAAAGGAGCUGAAGUUCGACAGUCAGGAGCACGAGCGCUUACUGCAGGCGGCUGAGAAGUUUGAGAGGAAAGCAGCCAAGCGUUACCCGGACCGCCCCUGCAUCACCACAGUCAUAGACCUCAACGGAAAGACGGUCUUCAUCACGCGCUACAUCCGGCCGCUCAACCCGCCGCCGGAGUUCCUGGAGGCUUUCCCGAAUAACCCUCAGGAAGCCACAACGCUGGUGGCCCGGUUCGUGUCCCUCAUCCCUUCUCUGCCCGACCAAGUUUCUUUUUCUGGAGUCUGUGACCUGUGGACCACUUGCAAUCAAUUCCUAACUCUUCUAGCAGGAGAUGAGGAGGAACACGCUGUCCUGUUGUGCAACUACUUCCUGUCUUUGGGCAAGAGAGCCUGGCUAAUAAUAGGCACAGCCAUACCAGAGGGAUCCACGGCGUAUGUCCUGACCCACGAACAGAGCCGCUACCUCAUCUGGAAUCCCAGCAGCGGUCAGUUCUACGGGCAGUACGACACCUUCUGCCCGCUGCAAGCCGUCGGCUGUCUGGUUGACGCUGACAACGUUUGGUUCAAUAUUCAAGAAUAUGCUUCUCCUAUGAGGAUGAGUUUUGAUGUCUCAAAAAGGAAGCUUUGGAAACCCUUUUUCUCCGGGUCCUUCCCCCACCCGGGGCUGUCCAGCGUACAGCCUGAGGAGCUGGUGUACAGCCGCACAGACGAAGCAGCCGCAGCCGAACUUCAGGACAGAAUUGAGAAAACUCUGAAGGACAAGAUUAUGGAGUGGCGCCCCCGACACCCAACCCGCUGGAACCGCUACUGCAACACCACCUUAAAGCAGUUCCUGCCCAAACUGGAGCAGAGCAGAGGGCAGGACGUGGCUGAGGGCCACCGCCACGAGCUGCAAAGGCUGCUGGGAGACUACAGGAUCUCCGGAUUCCCGCUGCACAUGUCCUUCUCCGAGAUCCGACCCGUCAUCGAGGCCGUGUACAGCACCGGCGUCCACAACAUCCAAGGAUCCAACGUGGAGUUCGCCCUGGCUGUGUACGUGCACCCUUACCCCAACAACGUUCUGUCCGUGUGGGUCUACCUGGCGUCACUUGUGCGCACAUGAAGGACGUUUUGAAGUUAUCCCCUUUAAUUUAAACAGAAAAUAUUGUUUAUACAAAUCCAUUUUUAAAUAUAUUUUUUACAUGAUCUGUAUGUAAUUCUUAUUAAACAUUGGAGCUCCAA